AUGGUUUUAGUGACAUCAGAGCCAAUUAAGAGCCAAUCAAAGACAGUGUGCGUGAUAGGAGCCGGACCAUCAGGGUUAGUGUCGGCGAGAGAGCUAAGGAAAGAAGGACAUAAGGUGGUGGUGAUGGAGCAAAACGACGACAUAGGAGGUCAAUGGCUCUAUCAACCAGAGGUGGAAGAAGAAGAUCCAUUGGGAAAAAACAAAACCCUAAAAGUACAUAGCAGUGUUUACUCAUCCUUGAGGUUGGCUUCGCCGAGAGAGGUAAUGGGUUUCUCUGAUUUCCCGUUCACGGCAAAGGAAGGAAGAGACGCGAGGAGAUUUCCGGGUCAUGAGGAGCUUUGGUUGUAUCUUAAAGAUUUUUGUGAAGUGUUUGGGUUAAGGGAGAUGAUUAGGUUUAAUGUCAGGGUUGAGUUUGUGGGGAUGGUGGAUGAUGACAAAGAUGAUGAUGAUAAUACGAAGAGAUGGAUGGUGAAGAGUGUAGAGAAGGAGAGUGGUGAAGUUAUGGAAGAAGUGUACGAUGCUGUUGUCGUUGCCACUGGCCAUUACUCUUAUCCUAGAUUGCCUUCGAUAAAAGGAAUGGAUUUAUGGAAGAGGAAACAACUUCAUAGCCAUAUCUACAGGGUUCCUGAGCCUUACCGUGAUGAGGUGGUGGUGGUCGUUGGGUGCUCAAUGAGUGGACAAGACAUAUCAAUAGAGCUUGUGGGAGUGGCAAAGGAAGUUCAUCUAAGUGGCAAAUCACUUGACGUUCCUCCAGGCUUGACUAAAAUCAUUUCAAAACAUCAAAACUUCCAUCUUCACCCACAGAUUGAAUCUCUAGAGGAAGAUGGACGGGUCCUUUUCGAGGACGGAUCUUGUAUUGUAGCUGACACCAUUCUCUACUGUACCGGGUAUUCGUACAAACUUCCAUUUCUUGAGAGUAAAGGAAGAGUAGAAAUUGAUGACAAUAGAGUGGGCCCACUCUUCGAACACACUUUCUCUCCUACGCUUUCACCUUCUCUCUCCUUUGUCGGCAUCCCUCGAAAGUUGAUAGGGUUCCCAUUCUUCGAAGCACAAGCGAAAUGGAUCGCAAAGCUUUUAUCAGGCAAGACUUCUCUUCCUUCUUCCGACCAGAUGAUGCAAUCCAUCGCCGAGUUCUACCAAUCCAGAGAAGCCGACGGUAUCCCCAAACGUAACACUCACGACAUCGCCGAUUUCAACUAUAGCGAUAAGUACGCAGAUUACAUAGGGUUUCCACAUCUGGAGGAUUGGAGAAAGGAGCUGUGUAUGUCAGCUUUAUUGAAUUCCCUGGAAAAUCUUGAGACUUAUCGCGACUCUUGGGACGACGAUGAUCUCCUUCAACAAACUCUUCAAGACCCUUACUUUACCCAACUCUCUCCUCCUAAUUAA